AUGCCCCUCAAAGUACUUGGAGAAAACCAGAGCUGUCAAGAUGUAGGUUAUUCAAUAUUCCAUUGAGUAUCAUACCCUGCCUUUUCCGCAAUUGAAACUCACGUGAACGAUGUAUACACUACCGGUCAAAGGUUUUUAGAACACCUACUCAUUCAAGGGUUUUUCUUUAUUUCUACUAUUUUCUACGAUGUAGAAUAAUAGUGAAGACAUCAAAACUAUUAAAUAACACAUAUGGAAUCAUGUAGUAACCAAAAAAAUAGUUAAACAAAUCAAAAUAUGUUAUAUUUGAGAUUCUUCAAAUAGCCACCCUUUGUCUUGAUGACAGCUUUGCACACUCUUGGCAUUCUCUCAACCAGCUUCACCUGGAAUUCUUUACCAACAGUCUUGAAGGAGUUCCCACAUAUGCUGAGAACUGCCUUCACUCUGCGGUCCGACUCAUCCCAAACCAUCUCAAUUUGGUUGAGGUCGGGGGAUUGUGGAGGCCAGGUCAUCUGGUGCAUUACUCCAUCACUCUCCUUCUUGGUUAAAUAGCCCUUACACAUCUUGGAGGUGUGUUGGGUCAUUGUCCUGUUGAAAAACAAAUGAUAGUCCCACUAAGCCCAAACCAGAUGGGAUGGCGUAUUGCUGCAGAAUGCUGUGGUAGCCAUGCUGGUUAAGUGUGCCUUGAAUUCUAAAUAAAUCACACAGUGUCACCAGCAAAACACCCCCACACCAUAACACCUCCUCCUCCAUGCUUUACGGUGGGAACCACACAUGCGGAGAUCAUCCGUUCACCCACACCGCAUCUCACAAAGACAAAUUUGGACUCCAGACCAAAGGACACAUUUCCACCGGUCUAAUGUCCAUUGCUCGUGGUUCUUGGCCCAAGCAAGUCUCUUCUUUUUGGUGUCCUUUAGUAGUGGUUUCUUUGCAGCAAUUCGACCAUGAAGGCCUGAUUCACACGGUCUCCUCUGAACAGUUGAUGUUGAGAUGUCUGUUACUUGAACUCUGUGAAGCAUUUAUUUGGGCUGCAAUUUCUGAGGCUGGUAACUCUAAUGAACUUAUCCUCUGCAGCAGAGGUAACUCUGGGUCUUCCAUUCCUGUGGCGGUCCUCAUGAGAGCCAGUUUCAUCAUAGCGCUUGAUGGUGUUUGCGACUGCACUUGAAGAAACUUUCAAAGUUCUUGAAAUGUUCCUUAUUGACUGACCUUCAUGUCUUAAAGUAAUGAUGGACUGCGUUUCUCUUUGCUUCUUUGAGCUGUUCUUGCCAUAAUAUGGACUUGGUCUUUUACCAAAUUGGGCUGUCUUCUGCAUACCUUGUCACAACACAACUGAUUGGCUCAAACGCAUUAAGAAGGAAAGAAAUUCCACAAAUUAACUUUUAAGAAGGCACACCUGUUAAUUGAAAUGCAUUCCAGGUGACUACCUCGUGAAGCUGGUUGAGAGAAUACCAAGAGUGUGCAAAGCUGUCAUCAAAGCAAAAGGUGGCUAUUUGAAGAAUUCAAAUAUAAAAUAUAUUUUGAUUUGUUUAACACUUUUUUGGUUACUACAUGAUUCCAUAUGUGUUAUUUCAUAGUUUUGAUGUCUUCACUAUUAUUCUACAAUGUAGAAAAUAGUAAAAUUAAAGAAAAACCCUUGAAUGAGUAGGUGUUCUAAAACUUUUGAACGGUAGUGUAUACAGUAUUUCCAGUUGAUAUUGAGAACCCAUGUUAUUAUGGUUAAUUUAUGUUAGAAUAAGCUAACUAUGAAUAAGCUGGCUAUGAAUACUCUGCACGUAGUGAAUUACCUUGAUUCCAUGUGUUUGUUUUGGUUGUAGGACAGCAGACCCAAAGGCCCAGCCCCAAGCUUCUGUUACCUGCUGUCUGGCCAAGAGGGCUCUGUGGAGCCUGUAGAGGGACAGUCUUUAUCCUCUCUAUACCUGCCUCCUACAGAACAAACCCUCAGAGACAUACUGCAGGUAACUAGUGACACACACAGAGAGAGAGAGCGAGAACUGAAGUCUAACCCUUACUGUUUUUACCUCCCCAACUAUUCCUCCAAACAUUUGAGUUGUUUAGACCAGAUUACACAUUUUUCCUUUACUCUGACUUUGUUGAACCAGUGGUGAUCGAUCAAAUAUGCAUUGUAGUAAUGGCCUGUCAUAUCUGUUUCAGUGUGUGCUCAACAGCCAUCGCUGUAGCUUUGUCGCCACUGUCAUCCACAAGAGAAUGCAGGUACUUUUAAAUGCAUCCUUGGAUUUCAAUAAGAAUGUAUAGUGUGACUAAGAAACUGUUAUCUGUGAUAUCUAUCUUUUUAGAGACGUGUAGAUGUAACACAAUGUAGUUAGAGUUGACAGGAACAUGAUCACGUCCUGCUGUGGUGGACAGUGGGGAUUCAUUUGAACUUACUGUGUUGAUAAACGAGGCAAACCGCCUUCACCAUCUGUAUGCAUACUAACCUACAUUAUCUACCAGCCGUUUUUUUACUGUUGGUCAGUGAAACCUUUACACUUUGACCACUGGGAGGGAGAUAACAGCCCAGAACAAAGCGAGUGGCAAAGUCCAACACUUUCUGUCUAUCCCACUCUGUUUUUCAUGUCAGUCAUCAAAUAGAUGAUUCUGAGCAACCAGACUGAGCUAGCAGAGCCUAAUGUUUUUUAUUUGAUGCACAAACAGAUACAGACAGAAAGGUGUUUAUUCACUAAGACACUUAGAAUUGUACUUUCCAAGUAAGCUCAUAGUCUCUCAUGCCCAUUUUCUCUCGUUGUCUGUCUCUCUCGUUGUCUCUCUCUCGUUGUCUCUCUCUCUCUCGUUGUUUCUCUCUCGUUUCUCUUGUCUCUCUCUCCGUUCUUUCUCUCUCCCGUUGUCUCUCUCUCUAAUAAUCUACACUAACGACUGAUCCCCUCUCCCUUUUUCUCUUGCUCUCUUUAUUAUCAUCUUGGCUGAUAUGAAUGAUAGCCCCCACCAUCUCCGUCUCCCCCCCAUCUCUCUCCCCUCCAGUCUCAGAGUGGUGAUGUGGGUCAGAGCCCAGGGGAGGUUUGGCUGGUGGUGACUGACCCCAGUUUGCAGGAGGAUCAGCAGCACGAGGGGCCACCAUGCAGACGAACACUGGCUGUGUGUGUGACCACUUCCUGUGUGCUCACUUCCUCUGUCGCCAAGGCAAUAAGCACCCCCACCCCCAGCGCCUGCUGCUUGUCAUUCAGGGACUCGGUCAGAGAGCAUGGUACUGUUUUACUGCAAUAUCAUGGCUUGCAUCCCAAAUUGAACCCUAUUUCCUAUGUAGUACACUACAUAGGGAAUAGGGUUCCAUUUGGGACAAAGGCAUGGUGUUAUUAAUCUAGUCUGUCACUAUAUAGUGUAUACUGCAUUAGCCACUAUGUAGUGCAUACUGUAGGACAUCUGAAGUCACAUGGCUGCUGCUUCCCCAAAACUAUUAAUAAUGGAAGCACCUCCAAUGUCAGGGUUAACUACUGUUUUAUGACGCUAUGCCAUGAUUUCUCUCCAUGUUCAGGUGUGAUCCUGUGUGUGGAGCAGUCAGUUGUGCAGCUGCAGCCUCUGGUAUCUGUGUGCUGCCCGGAGACCGAGAGCACACUGGGCCCAGGGUCACUGUCAUUGUCCCAGGCAAAGCCCUUAACUCAGCCCCUACCUCAAGCCCAGCCCCAUGUCCUUCCUCAGGCCUUACCACAACCUGUGAAGCUGGAUCCCCUGGGUCCAGAAACACCACCUAACUCCCUCUGCACGUUCUCGGGUCAGUUUAUACUGUACACUGCAUUCAUUCACACUUGUGGCUUGAAAAAUAUUUUUUAUGUUUUUAAAAAGUCACGCUCUCCUCCUUGAUAAAUUAUUUUUCAGGGUUAGCCCGCAUAAUUGUUGUUUUAUUAGACAGACAGACAAACGGUUUUGAGUGUUUUGUGGCUGUUGCCUGUUUGUCUCUCACAAAGUAACAAAUACAGAGAGGCCUUCGUGUGGCUAGUCGAAUGCAUUGUGUUCUUCCGCUGUCAUUCACAGUUUCCCUCAUGCGGUUGAGCCACUGAUUCUGACAACCUUUCAACCUGUGGACUCUAUCUAUUGAUAGGAACAAAUCAUUCAAGGAAUUUACUUAACACUCAAAACGUGUUUCUAUAGAUGCAGAGUAAUUUGUAAGUAGAAUUUACUUGGUUUGUGUUUUUAGUUCGUUAAUCCAAUAUGUUUUGGUGAAUGUUUAUUGAAGGACUCAUCACUCAGGAGAAGCUGCUCUUUCUCUGUUUACUAACUGCAGAUAGGAGAAGAUACACAACCGUCAAACUGUUAUGCUAACCUCAAUGGUAAUGAUAUGAAUCUGAUUAAGUGAUCCACUCAAACUACAGAGUAACUUAAGCGCUUAAGAUACUGGCACAAAAUACAUUCACUGUCUGUCUACAGUCUUAUUUUAUAUGCAACGCAGGGAAAGUUGAGUAAAUCACGAUAAGCUGCAUCUGUUAGCACCCUGUGUCACAGGAGAGAUCGAAGGUGAAACUGUGAACCCUUUUGAUUAGUUCAGGUCUCUCUCACUCAUCUUCCAUGUUGGAUCAGCUGGCUGAAUAAUACAACAAACACCAGUGUCUGAUUCACACUAUUCACGCUAACCUGAAUGCUGUGCUGAACCCCAUGCAGUGCUGGCUCAGAUUAGUUUCUUUUCAAAUGGUCAUUUCCAGCAUGGUUCCAGACGCUAUGGUAGAUGCAUAACCAGGCCAGCACGGUACAGCUGUGCUUGGCUCUGUAGUGUAGAAUAGUGUAUAAUGUGUAUUUAUCUGCACUCGUAAUUAAGUUCUAACUUAUAGCAGCUUGCCUGGCUCUGUGUGAAUGCUGCAUUUUUUUUAUCGGUUGGAAAUUGUGUAUCUAUUUUACAUAAGGUGUGUGUGUGGGGGGGGGGAUAUCUUGGGUUGUUAACUAUGAUUGUGUCAGUUCUUUAAGGAAGUAAACACUUGCUAUCCGUAUCAACUCACAGAUCAGAAUAAUGGGGCUUCAGACUUGAUUUCUUUUAUUUUGACCCUAAAAUGACAUUCCUAUUUUCUUACUGAGCUUGUUUUAUCUUUCCUUUUUAAUCCAUACCACAGUGGCCUCAAGAAUAUUGAUAAAGUUGUUACACUGCUAAGUCCCAGUUUCCACCCAUGUUGCUUGCCUGUUAGGCAGUUUAGUCAGUGUGGUGCCCUAUAGAGGGUUGUUUCCCUGGCUAGUGCUGAUGGUUGUGUUGGUGUUGGCAGGUGUGAUAGUUGGUGUGGAUGAGGACACGGCCUACUCCUGGCCAGUCUGCAGCCUGUGUGGGAGCGACCGCUUGGAGAUGGCACCCCAAAAGCCGUAAGUCUUCAAUUCAUCUGCUGAUGUGCUAUAGUGGAUAAGCCUAAUUAACUGAUUGUAUCUUAUUGGUUUACCAAUAGAAUAGAAUUACUUUUAAUAUUUCGCAAAGGGAACUUCUGUAUUAUGGUUGAAAUGUGAUGUCAAUAUCUGCAUUAUGUCUGUUGUCCCCAGUCAAGCAUUCCUUUGUGUUGCUUGUGAUUCACUGGUUGACCAACCAACGAUGAACAUGCAGCUUGAAGUGUUCAUGAAUUGUUCUACACUAAAGGACUGCACUGUGAAAGUAAAGGUGAGACAGGAUUUUGAGUUU